AUGACAACAAACCCGGCACCGGCCGCUGAGCCCGAAGCUAAUUCUAGUGCUGUAAGGGCUGUGGGAGGACGGGCAGUCAACGCCUAUAUUGAAGAAUUGGAAAGAAGAGCUUCGCACCGGAGUGCCUCCUCUCAGCCCGGUGUCGAGGAUGCCCAUCAGAAUUCUUCCGGGGCAAUUUCUCAGUCACCUGGGGCACAAGGCCAAUAUUCCCCCACGGUUGAUGCGCAACCGGACACGUCGUCGCAACCACAGCCCGUGGCCGCGGCUACGACGCUAUCGACAGCAUGCUCACAUGAGACAUCAUUAACGAAUCCACUAACAACCGGUCAAUCAACCUUUAUGAGUGCAGAUGACGGCACAACAUUGUACUUGGGCACAUCUUCGAACUGGUCCUUUACACAAAAGACCCUCAACAUGGUUUAUGAGCAUGUCUUUCACGAAAACAUGCCGCUCAUAGAUCGCGUUUUUGAGGGCCAGUCAUACGACUUGGGCUGGAGCGGAAAACCUGCUCAAUCGCUCACACCACCCGCUUUGCCAGACAUUGAUCACGCAAUUCAUCUUAUAGAUACUGUCAAGUUCUAUUGUGGGCAAAUGUUUCAUCUUUUCGACCAUGACACAUUCAUGCCGGCCCUUCAUGAAUUCUACAAGCAACCGGGAAGCGCCUCGUUGGAUGAGCUGUGGUACAUUCAUCUACUGCUCAUCUUGGCUUUUGGGAAAGCCUUCAAGAAUAAGCGAAGACAAGGAAAAUGUCCUGCCGGAGCCGAGUUCUUUGUGAAUGCACUUCAACGGCUGCCGCAUAUGAUUAUGCUAUGGCGGUACCCCUUGCAGGCGGUAGAGAUUCUUACCUGUAUUGCGCUCUAUCUCCAGUGCAUCGACUAUAGAAUUGCAGCACACAACUACAUUGGCCAAGCUAUGCGCUUAGCUCUCGGCCAUGGUCUGCAUACAGAUAUGCCGGCAGAGCGAAUUGGCGUUGAGCUCGUAGAAAGAUCAAGACGGGCGUGGUGGACCGUGUACAUCCUGGAUCGAGAGAUGACAUCCACGGCAGGCGUUCCUCAGUCAAUCCAUGAUGAUGAUGUGCAUCCUCAAUUACCCAAGUUCUCGGGUCUGGUUCAGCCGCGCGAGGCGUUGCGUAUGCGCAUCAGAUUGUCGCAGGUAACCACAGAUAUCAACAGAACCAUAUACGGCGUUGACGGCAAAUUGAAUAGCAAAUUCCUAGAUAGUACGAGGAAUGUGCUGGCCAAAGUCGCAAAGAUUGCGGACGAUCUUCAUAGAUUGUUUCCAAUACGCCUGGAACCAACGGCCGGUGGCCUCUCGAGAAUUUCUGCGCACUUGCAUCUUCACUAUCACCGGAGUAUCAUCCUUGCGACACGACCAUUGCUGUACUGCUUCCUGAAGAUCCGCCUUGAGUCACCAUUAGAUUGUAGCGCAAAACUCGAAGCCUCGGAAACUACUAGAAAUCUGAUAGAAAUAUGCGUGGAUUCUUCAAUGCAAACGCUCAUGAUUCUAUGUACACUAUUGGCUCAUGAUCUUUUAGAUUCAGUGUUACCUUUUGAUUUGGAAUCGGCAUCCAUGGCUGCGAUCAUCAUUAUGAUUGCCUCAACCGUCGAUGCAAGCUUGAUUGUCAAUGGCUCAGAUUGGCUUCAAAAGGCCAGAUCAAUACUAGGCAAUCUAUAUGCCAAUGGUAACGAAUUAUCCAUGCUACAUAUCUCGGAACUCAAGCAAUUGGGCCGGUUAUUGGCAGGCUUGAACAUCACUCCAAGCCACACAACGAUGGGCGGCUUGGAUGAAGGGUCUAAUGGCAGUGUCCCGUAUCAAAAUGAUCCACGAGCUUUAUUUGUGUCGAUGACAGUGGAGCCCAGUCUUACAUCAAUAGGAGAACUGUACAACGCUGCGAUGGAAGACACUGGCACAUUUGGAUCAUUCAUGGCCAACAAUAUUAUGGACUUGGUCAAUUCCAUUGAUGACAUAGACAGGGACUGGAUGCCACAGACGAUGGCUGAAUAUGAUAUAUGGUAG